AUGGCCCAGGUUCGCGUCGGUGUAGGCUCGGCAGAUCGCAUCCCAGCAGUAACCGAACAGGAGGUCUUGGAAGCCAUCGGCCGUCUGAAGAUCUCUGCCCCUGGGAGCGACGGCGUCAAUGCUGAAGUUUUGAAGAGGACGGCGCCUGAGCUGGCGGCCAAAUGGGCCACGGCCUUCACUGACAUCCUUAGAUCCGGCGAGUUCCCUGCCGAAUGGAAGGAGGGCAAAUGCAUUGCCCUGGCCAAGCCCGGCCGCGACAUCUUCCAGCCCUCGGGCUGGCGCCCAAUAGUUCUCCUUAGGUGUGCCUCGAAGCUCUUAGAAUCCGUGAUAGCCGAAAGGCUUAUCCACGGCCUAGGGGAGAAGUUCCGAGUGCCAGAGAUUCAUGGCUUCUGCCGGGGCCGAAGCUGCGACACUGCGCUGAGGAGAAUCAUCGACGCCUACCGAGCUGGCUGCGGGAAGAAGGGCCACCAGACCCUCCUCCUCACGUUGGACGAGUCCAAUGCCUUCAAUUCA